GAUCUUCACGCUCUCGAGCUCCGACGCCGCGCCGCGCGCGUGAACAUGAAGCGCCUCUCGCUCGUUGCGCUCGCCGCGAGCCUCGCCUCGGUGCAGUCGGAAGGCCUAGACAUCGAUGCCGUGAACCCGAAGAUCGUCGAGGCCCAGUGACGCGCCGGCGUCGCCGCAUCGCUUCACCGCCGCAGCGACACCGGAGCACCACCCUAUAGGUACGCUGUGCGCGGCUUCAUCCUGGACCGGGCCCGCGAGAUCGAGGCGGACCUCGCGAAGGAGUCGCACGACUGGCCCUUCGACGAGAUCGUGCGGUGCAACAUCGGCAACCCGCAGGCGCUCGGUCAGGCGCCGCCAAAGUUCGCGCGCGAGGUGCUGUCGAACGUCGUGCUCCCGAAGACGCCGCGCUGGGGCGUGUCCAAGCAGGUGCGCGAGCGCGCCGACGCCUACCGCGCGGCCAUCCAGGGCGGCGUCGGCGCCUACAGCGAGUCGCAGGGCAUCACGCUGGUUCGCAAGGAGGUCGCGAAGUUCAUCAGCGACCGCGACGGCAUCGCCGCGGACCCCGAGGCCAUCUUCCUCACGGACGGCGCGUCGGCGGGCGUGCGCCACCUCACGCAGCUCCUCGUGAGCGGGCCCAAGGACGGCGUGCUCGCGCCCGCGCCGCAGUACCCCUUGUAUUCGGCGAUGGCGACGAUGUACGACGGCACGCUCGGGUCCUACUAUUUGGACGAGUCCGCGGACUGGGCCGCGCCCGUCGCGGAGAUCGCCAAGGCCUACGACGACGUCGUCGCGCGCGGCGCGACGCCGAAGAUGCUCGUCAUCAUCAACCCGGGCAACCCGACGGGCGCGUCGCUCCCGCGCGAGGCGCUCGAGGCCAUCGUCGAGUUCGUCGCGUCGAAGCCGGGCCUCGUGCUCAUGGCCGACGAGGUCUACCAGGAGAACGUCUACGGCGACGCGCCGGCGUUCAUCUCCUUCAAGAAGGUCGUCCACGACCUCAAGUCGACGAUCCCCGUCGUCUCGUUCCACUCCGUGUCCAAGGGCUUCACGGGCGAGUGCGGCCUCCGCGGCGGCUACUUCGAGCUCACGAACGUCAGCGAGGAGGUCAAGGAGCAGCUCAUCAAGCUCGCGUCCGUGUCGCUCUGCUCCAACGUGCUCGGCCAGAUCGCCGUGGGCCUCAUGGUCAACCCGCCGGUCGACGGCAGGGAGCUCAAGGCGUACGAGGACGAGAAGGCCGCGAAGCUGUCGUCGCUCGAGCGCCGCGCCAACGAGGUCGCCAGGGCGCUCGACGCGCUGGACGGCGUGUCCUGCGUCCAGCCCCAGGGCGCCAUGUACCUCUUCCCCUCGAUCACGCUCCCGGACGCGGCGCUCGCCGCCGCGGGCGCCGCGGGCCUCGCGCCCGACGCGUUCUACGCGCUCAAGCUCCUCGAGUCGACGGGCCUCGUCGUCGUGCCGGGCUCGGGCUUCGGCCAGAAGAACGGCACCUGGCACUUCCGCACGACCUUCCUCCCGCCCGAGGACCAGAUCACGGCCGUCACCAAGCGCCUCGCGGGCUUCCACGACGCCUUCCUCGCGAGCUUCAAGGCGCCCGCGGGCGAGCUGUAGGCGCCGCCGGGCCCAGGUCGCACACCGCAUAGAGCGAAGCUGUCGUUAGGGUCGAUCUCGCCUUCAUCGGCUAGCAGCGCCCGGGUUGAAGCGGCUGCCCUUUCGGGGUUUAAGGCCGAUAUUGG